AUGAAACUGAAAAACCCAAACAUUCUCAACCAGUACAUUAGAGAAUUAGAAACACACAAACCUGAAGUGGAAAGUAAAAUUAACAAUGAUGAUACUAAUCAAGCCUGGAACGCUCUGAAAGAAAAUAUCACACGAGCAACUACCUCAGUUUUGGGACAUUUUACUACAACUAAGAACCCCUGGUUUGAUGCCGAGUGCUCGAACGCUAUCGAAGAUAGAAAAUUAGCAAGGGAAAAAUUCCUACAAAAACCAAUAACACAAAACAAACUUAUUUUUGAAGAGAAACAGAAACUUGCCAGGAAACUCAUUAGGAAAAAGAAAAGGGAUUUUAUGAAUUACAAAUUAAAAAGAGCUGAGAAUGACCGUACCACAGACUCCAGAGGAUUUUUCAAGAUCAUAAAUAUGUUUAAAAGUGGGAAUAUAAAAAAUUAUGGACAGUUCAUAACAGACCCAGAUGGCUCCUUGCUAACAGAAAGAAGUGACAUUGCUAACAGAUGGAAGGAAUAUUUUAAUGAGUUACUAAAUGCUCCAACUAUAAGCGUCUCUCAGGAAGAUGACAAUGAAUAUCUUACUGCUGACCCAUCGGACGAAGAGCCCAGCUUAGCAGAAAUUAAAGAAAGCAUCAAGAAGCUGAAGAGACAUAAAGCUCCUGGAAGUGAUGGUAUAGACACAGAUAUAUGGAAGCUCAGUAGUAUUAUGGGGUCUGCUGUUCUGGAUGCUGUUGCUGACGACGACAGCUCUGCUGAUGAUUGUGGUGAUUCUGCUGCUAUUGGUUUAUCUGACACUGCUGCUGAGAGUAUCUGA